GAUACAUUUAGGAAGAAAUCAACUAUCGAUUUUGUACUUAGUCGAUAAAGGAAAAUCAAGAUGAAUCAAGUAAUGCGUGGUAAUAAGCAAUGAACGAUGUUGAUUUCUUCUCGUUGAUUCAUUUUAUUUAGAAGUUCAUUAUUGUUUGGCAUUUGGUUUAUGGUGCAGUUUCUUUUUGACAUAUCAACAUAGCAGCUCGAAAGGCGAACAGUCGACAGAAAACAAAUGAAUUCCAUCGUGUACAUCUUCUGUUGCUUAUUUUCCUUCAAUAUAAUCCACGUAACACCAGCAUCACUGGGACCCGUCACAUCUCCAAUAAAAAGAAGUCGUGUUGUAGCCUUCGAUAUUGACGAUACUCUUUGCACACGUCCGGAUUAUUUUCGGGACGAAUUGGAACAAUUGAACAUCGUCAGAAAAAACCAUCCAGAAUGUCCAAUUAUUUGCUUUACCGAUACUUCUUGUGUGUUAAAUACGACAUAUACGUAUGUAUUUUUACCUUACCUGCACAUUUUAUUCGAUUACUUACUGAAGGAAGACGUUCGAAUCGUAUUUUUUUCUGCCGCUGACAAGAGAAGAAAUCUACAGGUUAUCGCUGAACUACUCACAUCCUUCUGGGGCACAGUGAAAUUUGAAACACUGAAAGCCAAAGGACAAUUCGAUAUUCUCUCUUUGGAAAAUAUGCGCGAAGGAAAUAAAUCGUUUCGUUCCGGUGAAGGAAAUUACGUGAAAGAUUUGAAAGCAGUUAUUCGAGAUGGCGAAACGUUAUUGGAUGUAAUCUUAGUUGAAGAUGAUGCCAGUUUUGUCGCUUAUGAUCAAAAACCAUUUUUGCGAGUCUAUAAUUUAGCAUUUUGGGAGAUUCGUGAAGUAAACCAUACAGAAAUGGCAAAGGAUGAGGAUCCCGUUUCAUUUUGGAGAAGGAAAUCUCCGCAUUUUCCUUUGAAUAAUGUUUACUAUAUGCUUGGUGUAUUCAAGACCUAUUUUGAGAAUGAAAGGUGUAAAAAGUUGCCUUUUAGAGAAGCUUUAAAUGAAACUCUGCCUGAAAAAGGAUACUUCUAUGAUUUCUUUCAUGAGCAUUCGUUCGUAUACGAUAUGUUUGAUUUAGGAUUAUCCGAAGUGCAAAAACGAGUACCUAAUGCCACGUUCUAUGGAUUGAGACAUCCACACGUGGGCUCCUAUAAAAGCAAAUCAGGUCGCUAUUUUUGAUGAGAAUGACAACUAGAAAUUCCAUUUUUGGUUGUUUCCUGACAAAUUUUUUCAGUUUUUUCGAUGAUGUCUAACACUAUUAAAAGUUAUUUAUGAAAAUUGUUGGCAAUUUUUUCAAAGAUGGUGACUUGGCGAAACGCACAUACAUUUUUUAAAUCGGUUUUCGCCCAAAAUGGUCUUUUUUGGUAGAAAAUUUUUUUCUCACAAUUUUAUUUUAAAAAAUUCAAUUUUUUUUUCACUUAUGAUGAAUGCAUUUUUUAAUUAAUUGAAAAAUAAAAAAACCUUCAACGAGAACAAGUAAAAACCAAAAGGAUAGGAAGAAGGAUUAUUGAUUAAAUGAAAUUAUUAGUAGGUAAAUAAAAAUGUGAUAAAAAGGUCUUGGUCUUUAAGAAUCGCGGAUUGAUAGAAUAUCUGUACCUAAUAAAUUUAAAGUUGACAACUU